UAUGCUACAUGGACUUUUGAUACGUUCACAAAGAUGGGAAUUCGCGGGCCGAAGCCGAUAAUGUGCCUGGGGAAUUUCGCCGGCCUUUAUAAAAUGGGUAUAACGAAAUAUGACCUAGAGAUGAAGAAGAAAUAUGGACAGAUUCACGGAGAAUUUUUAGGCAGACAGCCCGUCCUAACGAUUUACGAUACGGCCAUUUUGAAGCAGAUCAUGAUAAAGGAUUUUCAUCUGUUCACCAAUCACUUCAACUUGGGGGUGACUCCGCCCCCGCUAGACAAAAUGCUGUCCCUCCUAAAAGAUGACCAUUGGAAGUUUGUCAGGAGCAUUAUGAGUCCUACAUUUAGUAGCGGGAAAAUGAGGAAGAUGUCUGAUCAAAUCAACGUGUGCUGUAGGACUCUGUGCGAAAAUUUAAAAGUGGAGGCCGAUAAGAAGAGAGUUUUUGACUUGAAAACCAUAUGUGACGCAUUUACCAUGGAUACAAUAGCGAGCACUGCCUUCGGGGUUUCCAUAGACUCCCAUAACGACCCCAACAAUGUUUUCGUCAGGAUGGCCCGUGAUGUCUUCAAAUUGAAGUUGACACCUGGAAUUGCUUUGAUGUUUUUAGCGCCAUUUUUGUUGAAACCUCUGAAUCGACUCGGAGUGCCUCUGUCCAAAAAUGACGUUUUGCAAUUCUUCACGGAAGUCGUUAAGAAAGCGAUAAGGAACAGAGAUGAUGACAAACACUUGGACUUCCUUCAACUCAUGCUGAAUGCCCACAAAGAAGAUGGGGAUGACGAAGACGACGAUGAUGAAGACGACGACGAUGACGUUUCUGGCAAUGAAGAUUUACUGGCACAGUGUCUGUUGUUCUUCCUGGUUGGCUUCGAGACAACGUCCACUGCACUCUCCUACUUUGGCUACAACAUGGCGUGCAACUCAGAAGCGCAAGAAAAAUUAUUCGAGGAGGUCUCUGAGAAUAUCGGUGAUAAGGAGCCGACAUACGAUUCAAUCAGGCAGCUAACCUACCUCGAUAUGUGUCUCAAUGAGACUUUAAGAAUGUUUCCCUUCGGGACGAGAACAGAUAGAGAAGCCUUGCAGGACGUCACCAUAAACGGAUUAUUCAUCCCCAAAGGAAUGGUAGUAGGUAUUCCCAUCUAUGCCCUCCAGAACGACCCGGAACACUGGCACGAUCCUCAUCUUUUCAAUCCGGAAAGGUUCUCCCCAACAAACUGGGACCCCAAAACUAGCGACCCCCUACGUUUCAUGCCCUUCGGAGCGGGUCCCAGGAAGUGUGUGGGCAUGAGGCUGGCCAAGAUGGAGGUCAAGAUGGCCGUCGUUCACAUGAUCCGGAACUUCCGGUUUGUCGCUUCGGAGGAAACGGAUGUGAGAAGAAAAUUUUUAAAAUGA